UACAUUUCCGGCCGACAUCCUUCCGCUCCUUGGAAAAUAGCUGAAAGUUUGUAACCUCUGAUCGCUUUUCAUUCUCGUUUAAAACAGCAUUUGCAAUCCUCGUUUGAGUUCUUGCCAUUUAAAUGAAUUACUGAAUUAUCUACACGACCGCCGCACACCUAUUUUGCCUUUAAAAUGAAGAAGAAGGGCUCCGUGAAGACGCGCCAUGUGGUAGCAUGGAUCAACAAAGCUGAGUGGGAUCAAGUACGGGAAUAUCUGUACUCCAAAGAUUCCGCCUUGCAGAGGAAUGCUCUCCAUAGGAUAUCGGCGUGGAAAGCCAGGUAUGCUAACAGCACUCCUGUGGCAAUGGACUGCACCGCGGACCUGGUGAGAUGUCAGGUUCUGGAUCGAUCCGGGAAGCUGGACUCUCACGAUCUGGUUCUGCUUUACGGCGCAGCUUUGGUCAGGUUUACUAACUUGAUCACCGAACGCCAGCAAGGCAAAAUUGCCCGUCCCUUGAGGGCACUUGCUGGAAACUUGAACAUCCCAGAAUGGAUCAUUGAUUUGCGGCAUGACGUCACUCACCGUAGACUCCCUACCUUGAAAUUGUGCAGAAAGGGAUGUGAUGUGGUUCUGGAGUGGCUCCAGCACGAGUAUUGGUCCAGACAAUUGGGAGGAGGUCUAAGUGAGGACUGGGAGUCAGAUGCAGAGGAUGGGGAGGUAGACCAGAAGCAAAAAGACGAAGAUCUCAUUGCAAGGCAAAAAGAAAUGGAAGCUUACAAGAACGGAAGGGAACUUCUGAUAUCGUUUGAAAAGGAACAGUACCUCAUUUAUGGGGGGCUACAUGAUGAAAAUCUUGAGAACUCAUGUCCAGACCCUUUGGCUAAUAUAAACUGGAUACUAGGUGAGAUUAAGCAGUUUUCUGUGGAAUGGAGUGAUUUGCUGAUUGAGAUCCUCCUAGAAGAUGGCUUCCUAAUUCCAACAGCUGAACAACUGUCAUCAUUAGGCUGUGACACAUCUGACAAUGUUUACCUUUCACUCAUCGAACCAAAACUCCCUCAAAGUUUCCUGCUGUUUUGGCUUCCGCUCCUGAAGGUACUUAACUCCCCAUCUCUUAUUCAUCUCUUGCUGGAGAAACUCUUUGCUGAAUUGAAGCUGCUCUCAGCGGAGCCAUGUAAACACAGGCUGUACUACAUUUCUGCUUGGAUCUCAGAAGUCAUGCUCUGUAACAGUACCAAAUGUGACUACCACUAUGAAACAAAACAACAGAAGAAAGCCAGACUGAAGGACAGGAUAUUUUCCAAUCGCAUCCAGUUCCGGUGGCAGCAACUGCUUUCGGCUUGUUUGGAUGCACCAUGUGUCAGCACCCGAUAUCUGCUCUACUUAAUCCUGGAGGACAUGGAGCAUCCGCUUCCUCUGGAAACCCAGCAAAGCCUGUUGAAGCUCUGCACCAUCUACACUCAAGCAGAACGCUCCGAGUCGCACCCAGAACAGAAACGACAGCCUAUUUACACACUGGAGAGUUUGCACGACAAGCUGCAGCGUUCCAAGCAUCACGUCCGUUCAUCUGUGCUUCAAUCCGACAGGAGCAACUCGUCGGAGAACAAAUUGUCAGGUGCUGAUGCUGAGAAAGCUAACAUGCUCCAAGGUUCCUCCUGGCAGGUGUGCCCCGAUAAAGUUUUAUGGAAGAAUUACCCCCUUGGCAGAGUCCCCGGCCAGUCAGAUGACCCAUCAUGCCUCCUGGUGGACAACUACACACCUAUGACUGUGUUCGACCAGCCAGUGGAGAUGGAGAGCAGCACACAGCACAAGGUUUCUGGUCCGUCUGCUUCCACAAAGACGGCAGAAGGCUUUCUUUGGAGUCACAGUGACUUCAACAAGCUCAAGUGUGGACUGCAACUUUUUUGAGUCUCGCUAAAAAAUGUAUAAAAUAUACGAGCUUGUUGUUGAAUGCACAUCGUUUAGUGGACAAAACAGUCUUGUCUGUUUUAUAGAAUCAGCAUUUGUUAACAUCAUUCAUCACAUUUUAAUGGGGGAUAAGUAUGAACAUGAAGUCUGGCAGAAGCAACAAUGCAAUCAGUCAAAGAAUUUAACGAUCACAAAAAUACACUUUUCAUUUAAGGCACUUUUUGCAAUGACAAGGAAAUGUGUGGUAACAUUUGCUGUUAUACUAUUAUGCUCAAUAAAACUUCUGAAUAUA